AUGUCUAUUCCAAGCAUUGCCAAAGGCCUCAGCUCCGUGUCCACAGAAGUUGCAGUGGGGAUACUGAACGAUUUACGCAUCAGGGAAGUGGUACUUCUGAUGCUGCAAUACAACCCCGCAGUCGAUGCAGCCUUGCUCGCACACGAUCACAUCAGAGCGCUGCUGGGAGAAAACAGCGAUGAACUGGCCAGUACUCGCCGUAAACUACAGGACUGGGUGGAUCUCGCAAAGGAAGCUCAAGUUCAUCUCUUUCCUCUUUACGGAUCAGCCCAUUACUGGAUCAGCUCGCUCGUCUGGAAAACGAUCCAUGAGCGAAGUUCAGCUGCUGAUUUGCAGCAAUACGCGACCGCUCCCAUUCCUCCGAUCUCGAUCAAUGCUUCUGCAGCGGCGGUGAGAGAGCAUUGGCGGGCUUUUGAGCUGGCCAAAAGAAACAGGACGAACCAGUGCGCUGCCCAGAUCAGAUGGGCAGCAGAUCUUCUAGAGAGGAAUCCCGAUAUUCUCAAACGCACGUUGGAUCCGGCGCAAGUUCGACGGCCCAAUCUUGAGCAUAUUUUGAACCGAAUGAGACGCACUGCCUCGAAGAUGGUUCGUCCCAGUGAUCGCUACAAAUUCACAACAGCGGAGUAUUUCCGCUAUCCAUUCUCCAUUCUGAUUCCAUUUGAUGAAGCCCUGGCGAUCCUUUGUGAAAGAAUGGAAAGACACGGUAUAACCGCUAGUGAUCAGCUGCUCGAUAACCUGAAGACAGAACCGAGUGGGGACAAGUUUCUCCCCAUCAAGGCGCUGGCUCAAUGCGUUAUUGACGGCAUGCCUUAUUUCUACAACUCCCGUGCGUCAGAUCUAAAGCCAUUUGGUAAAGGGUCGCACCUGGAAGGACCCAGAAAAGAUUUCGUCUCUUCAGACCAGAUCAAUUUGGAUGCUGCCGCAACGCUCGGGGUUCUUCAGAUAUCAGACAAACGGUCCAUGCCAAACAAUGGAACCAAAUUGCCCCGGACCCAGGGUACACCCUGGUCGGAAGAAACGGCCAGGAAUGGAGAGAUGGACAGGCCCAGCUUUACACCACACAAACCCGGGAAUAAUUUGGCUCGCAAGCCGCAACCAAUAAAAUUUGGGUAUCACGCUCUUGAUAAGCGAGAAGAGACCUGGCUGGAAUCCUUUGUCGUUCUAUAUCGCCAUCUGGAGGAAUUGGAUCGUCAGACCACUGGGCAGUCAUGA